GGAGGCGAAGGGCGGGUUUUUUGAACGGCGAUGGCGAGGUUGCUACCGCCGCGCUCUGUAGAACAGGCCUCCUUGUCUGUGAUACCAUCUCCGGGUAGCGAAGACCAAGAAGACACAAUGAAGGCGGUGGCCGGGGAAGAGCAACAGCCGAUGGUGUUCUUGUGCGCGGGCUGUAAGCGGGCGGUGGGAGACACGCUGGACUGGGAGGCCAACGACGAAAACACCAGAUGUCUCCUCCUCAGGAGUGUUUCUCCUACUGUCACUGUGGACAAAGAGCAAAAGCUUUCAAGCUGGCCAGAAGAGCGUGGCUGUAUGCUUGAAACUUUAAUUUGUUCUGGAUGCAAAAUGACACUUGGAAGCAUUUACAGAUGCACCCCAAGACAUCUGGAUUAUAAACGAGAUUUGUAUUGUUUGAAUAUUGACUGCCUUGAAAGUUAUACCCUAGGAAGUGCAAGAAAAAAAGCUGAUGUGGAUAAAGAGCCUCUUACCCUUGGAAAUCAAGCCAUUUUGGAAGAAUCCCUAGAAAGGGCAGAAACAACACUGAAGGCACUGGAGCACCGAUUAUCUCUAGUUGAAUCAGGUUUUGCAUCUCUUCCCAAUAAUGGCUGAAACAAAUUAUAGUGAUUGCUGUUAGUCAAUAUAGAUGCAUAAGUGUGCCCAUUGAAAAAGUUUCAGUCUUCCGAAAACUGAAAAUGCUGAUUUGUGCAUAAGGAGCGGGCUUCUGUAGAAGAGACUCUUUGGAAAUUCUCUGUAAAGCAGUUCAGAAGAAGUAUGUGUGUUAUUGCAAACCUUGCUAUUGCUAUUUGUCCUGGUUAUCCUCCUCCCAAAUAGAAACUUUCAGGCAU